AUGUCGGUGGAGGUUUCUGUAGGAUGCAAGGAUUGCAGUCAAGCGUGCAUUGCAGAGAUACGGUUUGGGGCCAUAAAAUACAACCCAGAAGCUGACCCGGUUUUCGCCCGUGUGCAGAGCUGUUACACCAUCCAAGGUUGGUCUGUUCGCCACAUCAUCAGUCUGCAGAGGAAACGAAUCGGCCUGCUCAAGGUUUUGGUGCAAACCAGCGACCGUUACACCGCCUGCUGCUACGUGAUGCGAACUCAAUGGAGAAAGGCCCAAGAGCGAGAUUUAAAGAACGUUUUGAAGAACGCUGACCAGGACAUCCCAUUGGUCUUCGUCAGUGGAAAUCAUGAUGUUGGCAAUACUCCAACAAGAGAAACAAUAGACGAUUAUUGCAAGAGCUGGGGAGAUGACUACUUCAGCUUUUGGGUUGGAGGUGUUUUCUUUCUAGUGCUGAAUUCUCAGCUAUACUUCGAUUCUUCCCAGUGCCCCGAGUUAAAGCAAGCCCAGGAUGUGUGGCUCAACGAGCAACUGGCUGUCGCUGAGAAACACCAAUGCAAGCAUAUAAUAGUGUUUCAGCACAUCCCUCUGUUUCUGAGAGAACCUGAUGAAGACCACGAUUAUUUCAACUUGGAAAAAUCAGUUCGUCAAGAGAUAAUGGAAAAGUUUCAUCAAGCAGGCAUUAAAGCUGUAUUUUCUGGACAUUACCAUAGGAAUGCUGGAGGGUCCUACAGAGGACUGGAAAUGGUGGUUUCAUCAGCAGUGGGAUGCCAGCUGGGAGAAGAUACGCAUGGGCUUCGAGUGGUUGUUGUCACAGAUGACAAGAUUGUUCAUAGAUACUACAGUCUGAAUGAACUGAGCAGCCAAGGCAUAGAGAAAGAGCUGCUGGAUAUGCUUGCAGAGCAAAAUUAG